UUCCUCCCGGCGCCUGGUGUUGGCAACGCGCGCGGCAGAUGGACGGGGUGCUCGCGGAAGUGCUGCUCGAGCAGAGCCGGGACCCCCGGGCCCUGUUCGGGACGCUGUGCCGAGGGGAGGCGUCCGCGGAGCGCGUAGAGACGCUGCGCUUCCUUCUGCAGCGGCUGGAGGACGCGGGCACGGACCUGGGCGCGCUCCCGGAGGCGGCGCGCGAGGUCGCCACGGGGUACCUAGUGCCGCUGCUGCGCGGGCGCCCGGGCGGUGCCGACCCCGACCCCGGCCCCGGCCCGCCGAGCCAACGCCGGCGCGUGCUUCGGGCGGCGGGCGCGGCGCUGCGCUCGUGCGCCCGGCUCGCGAGGGGCCCGCCGCUGGCCGCCGCGCUGGCUGAGGAGGCGCUGCGGGACCUGCGGGCCGGGCGGUGCGCGCCGGGCGUCGAGGCUGCCGUGGAGGUGCUGGCGGCCGUCGGGCCCUGCCUGCGGCCCCGCGAGGACGGACCGCUGCUGGAGCGCGUGGCGCAGGCCGCCGUCGCCCUGGCGCUGGGCGCGGACGGGCCCGGGAGCGCCGUGGAUGCGGUGACGCUGGCGGCUGCGCGGCUGCUGCCGGCGCUGGGUCAGUGCGGCGGAGCGGCGUUGCGGGCCGUGUGGGGUGCGCUGGCGGAGCCGAGCGUCCCCUGGGGACCGGACCGCGUCGGGCCGGAGCUGCAGGUGCUGAGUACCCUGGCCGAGAAGCUGCUGCCCCAGCCCGGCGCGCGCGACGUGGGCCCCGACGCGCGGCUCUGCGGGCGCUUCUGGAGGACGGUGCAGACGGGGCUUGGCCGCGCGGAGGACGCCCUGACGCGCAAGCGCGCGCGCUACCUGCUGCAGAGGGCCGUGGAGGUGUCAUCGGAGCUGGGCGCAGACUGUACCUGCGACGCCAACGGUGGAACAGGCCCAAGUCUGUUUUGGUGGUCUGAGAAGAAAAAAGAUGAGCUUCUAAAAUUUUGGGAAAAUUAUAUUUUAAUCAUGGAAACUCUAGAAGGAAAUCAGAGUCCCUGUGAGAUGUCAGUCCACCUGUGCACCAAGCAUUGUUUGUGGAUCAAAGUGGAGAAUGACUCGGGUGCUGAAGAGAGCUGGACAUCCAGGAUACAUGUUAUAAAGCCAGUCUUACCAAAGCUAAACAAUCUGUUUGAAUAUGCAGUGUCAGAGGAAAAUGGCUGCUGGCUCUUUCACCCCUCCUGGCACAUGUGUGUUUAUAAAAGAAUGUUUGAAAGUGAGAAUAAAAUCCUGACCAAAGAAGGUGUUCUCCACUUUCUGGAGCUGUAUGAAUCUGAGUGUCUUCCAUUUUCACCAGACUUUUCUGAGUUUAUUAUUGGACCAUUAAUGGAUGCCCUUUCAGAGAGCUCUCUCUAUGGCAGGUCCCCAGGCCAGCUGGUAGGAAGUGGUUCUCCAUUGGGAUUAAAGUUACAGAAGUUUUUAGUCACUUAUGUUUCUCUUCUUCCAGAAGAAAUAAAGAGUGGCUUUCUGCUCAGGUUUCUUCAGAAGAUGACAAGCAGGCACUGGUGUGCGGUUCCUGUGCUCUUUCUGUCCAGGGCUCUGGCAAGUGUCCCACGGUGCAAGGCCCUGGGCGUGGAAGGGCUGUUGGCCCUCAGGGACGUUCUUCGGUGCACCAUGGUCACACACCAGGUCCUGCUGCGGGGUGCGGCACAGUGCUAUUUACUUCAGGCGGCCCUGCGUUUGGUGGACGUGGAGCAAGUGUCCCUUGGCGACGUCUCUGCGCUCCUCGUGUCUCUGAGACAGGAGGAGUCCUUAGGACGAGGAACUAUGCUGUGGGCAGAGCUCUGCGACUGGCUGCGUGGGAACGAGCGGUACUUCAGGCAGCCCUCUGCCAGUGGCUCCCAGGGCCUACAGGAGGCAUCCUUGACCACAUAUGUGAAGAACCUCAUCCAGGAGUAUGUGAGGUCCCCUGCCUGGGAAGCAGGAGAAGGCAGCCUCGUGCCUGAUGGGCUGGAGGCCCGGCUGACGGCUACAAUGGUCUUGCUGGCGGUGGAUGUGGAAGCAAAGAAGGCCCAAAACAGUGGAAAGCAGAGGACACAGAAUGUGUUGGGGCUGUUCUUGGAUCCCCUGCUGGGAGCCCUGGUGAAGUUCAGUACAAACGCCUACGUGCCGGUGCCGAAGACCGACCGGUGUCUGCAGCUGCUGCUGACGUUGUUGCACACAUGCAUGUUGAGAGGCUCCGGCGCCCAGGAGGAUGAGGUGUCCAUACUUCUGCAGAGCCUCCUCAUGUCCGCCUCAGAGAGUGUGUCCGAGUUCAUUCUCAGGAGACUCACCAUGGACGAGCUCCGCACCGUUUCAGAUCUCGACCGUUGCCACUUGUACCUGAUGGUCUUAACUGAGCUCAUACAUCUCCAGCUGAAGUUGGGGUGGAAAGCGGGUGCCCCUAUCUGCAGAGUUAUUUCUCCUUUGAAGAAUGCAUGCAUUCGGCACCUUCAGGAGACCGAUAGUGGACAGGAGCCCACACUUGCUCGUCAGAUCCAGAGAGUGACUAGCAUGGCCACCUUGGCCAGGGUGUGUGAGGCAAUUGAUCUGCAGCCUGCCCUGCAGCAGGAGUCCCUGAACACGGGGCCCCUGGAAAGGUUCCUUUCCACUCUUCCGUUUAACCAAACUCUGCAGAAGCCCUGUGCAGAGGACCCGGAGAGCAGCAGUUUUUUUGAGGAGUCAUCGUCUUGCCAAGGAUGGGGGAAGAUUGUAGCCCAGUAUGUCCACGAUCAGUGGGUCUGCCUCUCUUUCUUGUUGAGACGGUGCCACCCCCUUGAGCCAGCCGCAGAAGAGGACAAGCUGGAGCCCUCACUGCCCUCUGUGCGUACACCAGCACAGACCCUGUGUGCUGCACUGGAUGCCCUCUCCAUUCUGCCCUCUGACCAGGUCUCACCAGUGUUCUGCUGCAUGAAGGCUCUGGUCCCCCAGCUGCUGACCUCAUCUGAGUCGCUCUGUGUGGAGUCUUUCGACGUGGCCUGGAGAGUCCUGACCUCCUUGAGCAACACCCAGCUGACGUUCUGGCCCAACUUGAGAGCUUUCGUUCAGUUUGUUUUUGAUGAUACCAUUCUCGCCACCGCUGCGAAAACCAAGGGCCAGGCAUAUUUCAGGAUAAAAGAGAUUAUGUACAAGAUCAUUGAAAUGUCUGCUGUAAAAACUGGGGUCUUCAAUACACUGAUGAGUCACUGCUGCCGGUCAUGGCUGGCGUCUGCCAGAGACCCCCAGGGGUCUCUGUCCAGCGCCAGGCACUACAGCGAACUCAUCCUAGAGGCGUGUAUGUUUGGAACUGUGUUCAGACGUGAUCAGAGACUUAUUCAGGAUGUACAGGCCUUCAUAGAGAGUCUGGGACAUGACUGUGCAACCAAUGUUGUCAUGGAGAGUACUAAAAAGGAAGACUGUUAUGUGAGGGUCUGUGCCAUCAAAUUCCUGUGUCUGUUAGACGGCUCGAACACGGCCCACAAGUCAUUCAUGGAGGAUCUUGCAAUCAAGCUGUUGGACAAAGACAAGCAGGUGAACCAGUCUAGAGCCCGCUACUACCAGAAUUCUCUCCAGCACCGGGUGAAGAAUCGGAUAUGGCAGGUGCUGCUCACGCUGUUCCCCAGGUUUGACCAGAACUUCUUGAAUGAGAUUAUUGACAAGAUUUUCCAAGCUGGUUUUGCCAACAAUCAAGCAUCCAUAAAAUAUUUUAUAGAAUGGAUUAUUAUAUUGAUUCUCUAUAAGUUCCCUCAGUUUCUUCCAAAGUUCUGGGAUUGUUUUUCCUAUGGUGAAGAAAAACUUAAAACAAGCAUUUGUACAUUUUUAUCUGUUCUGUCACAUUUGGACAUUAUCAUUCAAAAUAUUCCAGAAAAGAGGCAGGUGCUGAAGCAGGCCCUCCUCGUCGCUCUCCAGUGGGGUCUCAGCCACAACUUCAGCAUCCGGCUGUACGCUCUGGUGGCUCUGAAGAAGGUCUGGGCAGUGUGCAAAGCCCUCUACAUGGAGGAGUGUGAUGCGUGGACGGCUCUCAUUGAGUGUAGUCUUAGCCAGGCGGAAAGCGUGCACGGCACAGGGAAUGCCAAGAAGAACUGGCAGCGCAUCCAGGACCACUUCUUCUUCGCCACGUUUCACCCCCUAGAGGAUUACUGUCUGGAGACCAUCUUUUAUACCCUCCCACGGCUCUCGGGUGUCAUUGAAGAGGAGUGGAUCACCCUUGGCAGAUUUUCCAGCUUCACAGAUAUCCCUUCAGGUUCAGGGCCCCUGUGGUGCUUUUCUCGGACUCUGCUCUGUGAGCUAAAUCCUGGGGACUGGUCCCAGCAGGACGCAGGCACUGGCUCGGGGGAAGCAGACGGCCCUUCUGAGCAGGCUGACGUGCAGAAGAAAAUCAUCCCAUGGGGACACGACCUCCUCGACGCAGACCUGGAGCUUGCGCUCCAGGACCGUGCCGCCAAACUUGGAAAGUCCAUCAGCAGACUGAUUGUAGUGGCCUCGCUCAUUGAUAAACCAACUAAUUUAGGAGGGCUGUGCCGGACCUGUGAGGUGUUCGGGGCCUCAGUGCUGGUGGUCAGCAAUCUUCAUUGUGUCCAUGACAAGCAGUUUCAGCACCUCAGUGUCUCAGCUGAACAGUGGCUUCCUCUGGUGGAGGUGAAGCCGCAUCAGCUCCCUGGUUAUCUGCAACAGAAAAGGGCAGCAGGUUACACGGUCAUUGGAGUGGAGCAGACUGCCCACAGCUCGGACUUGGUCCAGUUCUGCUUCCCUGAGAAGUCGCUGCUCCUGUUGGGCAAUGAACGUGAAGGCAUUCCUGCCAACCUGCUGCGGCAGCUGGAUGUGUGUGUGGAGAUUCCCCAGCAGGGCGUCAUCCGCUCACUGAAUGUGCACGUGAGUGGGGCCCUGCUGAUCUGGGAGUACACCAGGCAGCAGCUGCUCAGGCGUGCAGGAGCCCCAUCGUGAAGCCUGUGCCUUACCUCAGUGGUCACAGUGCCUCCUGACUGCUUUUUAAACUAUUUGGGAAUAGAUUCUGACAUUUAUUGGGAUAUGAAUUUUUUUGUUCUUGCAAUUUAAUGCCAAAAACUUUUUCAUGUGCCUUAAAUAUAUCAUUAUAUAUUUUCUUCUUUGAUAAAUCUUUAUAUAGAUACAUGAUUUUGCUUAUUAAUAAAAUAUUUUACAUAA